CUCGUCGCCUGCCGCGGAGCCUACCGGGAGUGGUCCGAGGCCGAGUCACCUUUAGGGGGCCGGGAAGGAAGGGCUCGGCCCUGGCGGGCGUGCUGCGAUGUGGUUCGAGAUCCUGCCCGGGAUCGGCGUCAUGGCCGUGUGCUUGGUCAUCCCCGGCAUUGCCACCGCGCACAUCCACAGGUUCUGUAACGCGGGCAAGGAAAAAAGGGUUGCCCAUUAUCCAUAUCAGUGGAGUCUGAUGCAAAGAGAUAGGCGCAUCUCUGGAGUUAAUCGUCACUAUGUGUCAAAGGGUUUGGAGAAUAUCGAUUAACACGGCCUUUUCCUGACUGAUGAAGAAUAACUCCGUUCUGCUCACCUGCCCUUUCUAGAAGGUUUGCCGUGUAUCGAUGUAGUACAUAAUAAAAAUAAAAAAGUAAAAUCAAA